AUGUAUCGAAAGACGACGCUCCCAGGCGAUGAAGAGCUGGGCAAGAAAGACGAUGACCACCGAUACAAACCCGCGCGACAGUCUAGCUGGUCAAUGUGGAAUCACACAUUCCGCUGGCGACGGAGAAGAAUACUACUCGCGAUAGUAGCCUUAUGCCUCUUGUACUACACCUUCCACGGCAGCUCGGACGACCUCGAAGAACCGGUCGAACAGCGAUAUCGCGGACGGCCCAUCUCAUCGACGUAUCAGAAGCCGGGCGCGAGCGGCAACGACGACGAACCCACGGGUGCGCCCCCGGGCAUACAAAAACCUCGACGCGGGGAUCCAAUCCCGCAUACAUACGAUGGGCAGAUACGCUUCUUCCGUCUCGCUAGCUCGCUGCGCUCGUCUGCUUCGGCAACGGGUGGCUACGAAAAGAAGAAUAGGAAUAUACUGUUUGCCAUGUCGAAUCUGAAGAGCGUUUCGACGCUUUUGCCGAUGGUGUGCGACAUGUCGCAAUGGAACAGGAACCACGUACACGCGACUUUCAUGGGGAGGGAGGAUAUACCAAUAGAGGAUUUGCUAGAGAUAAAUGGGAUAGACAAGGUUAAGUGUCCUGCCGUGUGGCAUGAUGCGCGGCCGGAUUAUACAGAGUACAGCACCGAUGUACGCGCUGAGACGGCGGUGACAGGAGCCAUGUCGCACAUCAACAGCUUCUUGCAUCCACAAGCAGUCGUUAUCGACGACUCCAUAUCUGAAGAUGCAUUCUUCGUGCGAGGCAUGCGAAGUAAAACUGGUGCGCUAAAAAUGCCUCUUGUCGAAGUACCAAAGGAUAGAUUAGAGGACUUUGCCUGGGUCUCGCGACUUGACGCCGGCUCGCUCAAGCACUGGCACGAUCCCACUGUAGACAUUCUGAUACAGGUCCCGUCGGGCUCAUCCAGUGUUCUUCGGCUGCUAGAGUCGAUCAAAGAUGCUGAUUACAGCGGUCUGACACUGCCCCGCAUCACGAUCGAGCUACCAGCCGAGCUCGAUGUAUCCGUUAAGGAGCACAUUGAAAGCUUCAAAUGGCCUCCAAAGAGUGACAACCCAACGACAGGAAGCGGUCUCAGCAUCAGACGCCGCAUCUCAACUCACCGCCAUGAUCAAGAGGAAUCGGCGACACGUUUCUUGGAAUUGUUCUACCCUGCAAGCAUAGCCAAUUCGCACGUGCUACUGCUCUCACCGCAGGCUCAGCUCUCGCCACAGUACUUCCACUUCGUCAAGUAUGCGUUGUUGGAAUACAAGUACUCUACUUACGGCGCAGAGGAUAACGAAAAGCUCAUGGGCAUGAGCCUGGAGUUACCACCAAUGCUCUUAGAUGGCAAGACAAAGCUGGAGGCUCCUUCGACUAGCGACAUGCACACGGAUCGGUACAAGAAGUUAUAUCCUGAUGCUAAAAGCGUGCCUUACAUGUGGCAGGCUCCGAACAGCCAUGCGGUGUUGUUGUUGGGGGACAAAUGGGCAGAAUUGCAUUCAUUCCUCAGCAACCGUGUUGUGAAACACCAGCAGUCGGCCAAGUCAGCAUCUCGGGGAAAGUUGGUGUCCGAGACUCUUCCGGCAUGGACAGAGUACAUGCUCGAGUUCAUGCGCGCGCGGGGUUAUUCGCUGCUGUAUCCCGCAACAAUGGAAAAUGCACUGGUCACCAUCCAUAACGAGUUGUAUCACAUCCCCGAGGAAUUCUCCGCGACGCCAUCCGAGGACGGGAAAGAAAGUCCAGCCGUACCAAAGGAGACAGAUGCACCGUUUCUGCGCGCCGAUGCACCACCCAAGCCACCUCAAAACCCCGAACCGCCAGUCAUCCCAGGCUCAGUGCCCCUCCACCAAGCGCUGCCUUUCAAAGGCGACCUGCCCGAGAUACCUCACCUACCCCACCUUCUCUAUGACGGGAAACAGAUUGCUCCUGCAAACAUAUCUAGCGUGGCGAAAAAAUAUGCCGACUUGUUCCGCACGGAAGUUGGAGGCUGUAAGAUACCCAAAGGCAAGCAUAAGAAGGUUGUUGCGGGUGAAGCUAGCGAUUUGUUCUGCUUUGGAGACGAGGACGGUAGUGACUGGGUGGAUGAUGAGACUAGAGAAGUGGAGAUGUUUGAUGCGCCCAUUGAUGAUGAGUUGGAGAAGUUGAUUGAGGAUGCGCUACCUAUUGCGACGUCGACGAGGGAGAGGACGAUCACGAGACCUACAGGGCAAAGUGUAGAAGGAUGA